GUCCUUCUUCUCGGGCCAUGCAUCUUUCGCCAUGUACACCAUGCUUUACCUGGCAUUUUACCUGCAGGCGCGUUUGUCAUGGCGAGGGGCGCGGCUCCUGCGACCGUUGCUGCAGUUCAUGUUGUUGAUGUUAGCGGUGUACACAGGACUCACUCGCAUUUCUGACUACCGCCAUCACCCCACUGACGUCCUGACCAGCUUCCUGCAGGGAGGACUGACCGCGUACUGGGUGGCCUUUUAUAUUUCGUCCAUGUUUAAGACGUCUCGUCCAGACAUGUCUCCAACAAGCUUGUCUCUGGAGAGUCCCCUGUCCAGCCAGCAGACCGUCUGCUAACAGAGACACCUGAGAGACACGAGAAAGUGAAAAUGGGAGUGAUCGAGCAAAGAACGGGAAUGGGACAAAGAACUUUGAAACAUGCUCAUGUCUUGACAAAUCCUCACAGAGAACCAUUUCCUGUGCACUCUGAGAGAAGAACAGUUAUAUAAAUAUAUAUAUAUAU